CGUACACCAGAAUAUUAUCGAACUCAUCAUGUUGCUAUUCCUAGUAAAGCUGAAAUAAAAUCAAGAACUAAACAAAGUAGAAGAACAACAUCAGAACCUCCUGCUGCCUCACGUAAUAAAUUAGGAGCUAUUGUGCCUUCAGCAAUAUCAGAAAAAAUCAAUUUAUGUCUUCAGCAAGCAGAUUUGGCUCAAUUGAAAGAGUUUGUUUUAGAUGGAUAUGGAAAAUAUUUAGUGGGUAGAACAUCAUGGAAUGAAGAGGUUCGUCAGUUUCUUCGAAAUCUUCCUAGUUGUCUUGCAAGUAUUGACUCUCUUCAUAAUGCUGUAUGUACUGAUGACACUGAAAGUGUAAAAAGUUUACUUGAUGAAGAUAUAAUGCUUAUAAGAGCAAAAGAUAAUGUUGGAAACAGUCCUAUUCAUUUAGCUGUAAAGAAAAAUCAGUUGGAAGUGACAAAAUAUCUAAUUACUAAUUUUCCAUCAGUAUUAAAUAUGAAAGAUAAAGCUGGCCGAACUGUUUUACAUAUAGCUGGUCAAAACAACAAUAAAGAAUUAUAUCAAAUGUUAGUAGAUGCUGGUGCUGAUCCAAUGAUAUUAGAUCAGAAAGGAAGAACUGCCGAAUAUUAUAUUCAGAGUCACAUAAAACCAGAACAAAAAGUUGUGAAUGAACCAUCAGUGAUUCCUCCAAGUUUAGAUUCUGUGAUAGAAAACAAAGAUGUUACAAUUCCAAAUGAAAAUAUGGAUAUUUCAAAUAUUGUUCCUAAUGAAAUAAUUGAAGAGAAACCUAUUAAAAAAGAAGAAGUUCAAGCUGAAGAAACAAAAGAAAUUUCAGAUAAAAAGGAUGAUGAGAAAAAAAAUGUUGAAACAAUUCAGACAGAAAACAAAGAAAUACAAAAUACUGAACAAUUAGAAGCUGAAAGAAAAGAAGAAAAAGAGAUUGCAAGUGCUAUGCAGACACCAUCAACUGACACCAGUACAGGUAAAGUUACUACAUGGGACAGGCUAAAUGAACUGAUUGAUUACUGGAUAAAAGAUAAAGAUCUUUUACGUCUAGAACAUGUUGUUAUUGCUGGUCAAGGAGAAAGGUUAAUUGGAAGAACAUCAGAUAAUAAACAAGUUCAAGAAUUUUUGGAACUUGUUCCAACAUAUAUGGCUCGGAUUAGAUCUGUUCAUGAGGCAGUAGUUAGAGGAAACUUGGGAGAAGUGAAAUCUGUUUUAACGAGAAAAAGAUUUGCAUUAAGUAGAGACCAUUUAGGAGCAAGUCCUUUGCAUCUUGCUGUUCUUCAUGGUCAUACUGAUAUCCUUAGAUAUAUUAUAAAUCAUUUUCCCGAAACAUUAGAUGGACCAGAUAAUGAAGGAAGAACACCUUUACAUUAUGCUGCUAUUAUGAGAGAUGGUGGUCAUUAUUAUAAAAUAUUAAAAAAUUCAGGAGCUGAUGAAGAAGUUACUGAUAAGGCAGGACAUACUGCAGAAUUUUACAUGAGACAUCCCGGAGAAGUUACAAUUCGAAAUCUUCUUGAGGGAUAUAAGAUUACAGUUGAUAGCAACGAAGAGCCCAGCACAAUUAAUAUUUGGCAAAGACCACCUACAGAGGAAAUUGAAAAACGUAAAUAUUUUGAUUUCAUGACAUUUGUAGUUAUAUCUGAAAUAUUAAUUUAUUAUUAUUUAUUGGUCAAGGUACAAAGGGUGUUUAACCCUAUUGCUCGGAUUAGAUCUGUUCAUGAGGCAGUAGUUAGAGGAAACUUGGGAGAAGUGAAAUCUGUUUUAACGAGAAAAAGAUUUGCAUUAAGUAGAGACCAUUUAGGAGCAAGUCCUUUGCAUCUUGCUGUUCUUCAUGGUCAUACUGAUAUCCUUAGAUAUAUUAUAAAUCAUUUUCCCGAAACAUUAGAUGGACCAGAUAAUGAAGGAAGAACACCUUUACAUUAUGCUGCUAUUAUGAGAGAUGGUGGUCAUUAUUAUAAAAUAUUAAAAAAUUCAGGAGCUGAUGAAGAAGUUACUGAUAAGGCAGGACAUACUGCAGAAUUUUACAUGAGACAUCCCGGAGAAGUUACAAUUCGAAAUCUUCUUGAGGGAUAUAAGAUUACAGUUGAUAGCAACGAAGAGCCCAGCACAAUUAAUAUUUGGCAAAGACCACCUACAGAGGAAAUUGAAAAACAAUUAACACCGCCUUCUAGUGGAGAAAAUCCAGAUAAAGUAGAACUUAAUGAAAAAGAAACUGAAGAAAAUCAAUUGGCUAAUGAUAAUAUAGAAGAUGAGUCAGCUGUAGAUCAUGAACAGGAUAAUAAAGAACCAGAAGUUAAAGAAAAUAAUGCAGAUAAACAUACUUCAAAUAUUGAAUCUGAAGAACAACCAAUAACAUUUGAUGAAAAAACUGAAGACGGAAAAUAUCUCUCUAAUGUUCUUGGUGAUAUAUUGGUUAAAGCCUUAACUGAAGUAUCUCAGAAGAGACCGGCCGAUCCAAUAGGCUAUCUUGCAACUUGGCUUUAUCAUUUUGCUUCUCGUAAAUCUAAAGAUAAAAUAAGAUCCCCAGUUGUAAAUGGUACUGCAAAUACAACAGGAGCUAAACAAAUUGAAAGAAUUGAAGAAAAAAAUGAUGAUAUGAAUGAUGAUGAUGAUGAUGAAUCUGAAAACACUGAUGAGAAGAAUGAAACUGAAUUACAAACAACUCCAUUAGAUAAUUUGAAUAAAGAACCUGAAAGUGAGACUCAAGAUGUUACACUUGAAUUUGAAAAUCAUACUAAAAUGAAGGAUGAAGAAGGCCAAACAGUACUACAUUUUGCUGCUAGCAGAUCUCAUCCUGAUGGAAGUUUCUAUGCUUUGCUCAGCCAAGCAGAAUUACUUUUGGCAGAAAGAGAUUCGAAUUAUCAUACGGCUAGGGAUGUGGCCGUAGAGUCCGGAAUGACCAAUAAUGUAGCUGCAAUUGAUAACUAUAUUCUCGAUGCAUUCAUCUCUCAAAAAACAGCCUUCUUACAAAUGUUAGUUCAUGAAGGAUAUGAUCACCUACUUACCGUAACAGAUUCGGAAGGAAAAGAUCUUCUAGCUGCUAUUCAAAUUCAAACAGAAUCAGAAGGAAUAAGAGCUCUCUUGCAAGAAAUUUCAGAUUUUGAAAAAAAUCGUGAAGAACUGCAUACCUUUGUGCGUCAUGAUUAUCAAGAAGGAAUUAAUAAAUUAAUUGAGAAGGAUCUUUCAUUGAUAACAUCAAAAAACAACAAAGGAAGAUGUUCAGUUCACAUUGCAGUUCUUUUUGGAAAUAUAAAUAUAAUUCAAUUGUUAGUAAAAGCAAAUACAUCAUCUGUACACGUACCUGAUAAUCUCGGUCGUACUCCACUUCAUUACGCCAUGGCUAUGCCUCGUAUAGAAGAAAUUGGAAAAAUACUGAUAAAAGCAGGAGCCAUAAGAACAGCAAGGGAUGUGAGGAUGCGCACAGCAAGUUAUUUCUUCAUCUACAAACAUGAGAUCUUAGCACUUCAAGAAGAAGAAAAGUUACUUGUUUGAAAAUUAAAACUGGACUAAUUCCCAAUUUGGAAUUUACUUCUAAAUAUAAAUUCC